AAACACCUUGGUUUUUGACGACACCUCUCUAUCUAAACACCUUGGUCUUUGACAACACCUCUCUAUCUAAACACCUUGGUCUUUGACGACACCUCUCUAUCUAAACACCUUGGUCUUUGACGACACCUCUCUAUCUAAACACCUUGGUCUUUGACGCCAUCUCUAUUUAAACACCUUGUGGACGGGCAUUAAAGAAAAAUCGCCUUGCAGCAAAAGUGAUAUUGCUUUGGUGUUCCAUCGAUUUGGUGAUUCCGCUGUGAUUUCGGUGAUAAUUACGCUGUUCUGAUUUAUAGUUUGAUACAUUCUCGAUAGACAUUUGCAUUGCGGCUCUGCGGUAUGAUUCCAGAACUACGAUCUUUUCACCGGAAGGGCGACUGUAUCAAGUAGAAUAUGCUAUGGAAGCUAUUUCACAUGCCGGAACAUCUUUGGGCAUUUUGGCGAACGACGGAAUUUUGUUGGCAGCCCAAGUUGGUCUUUGACGACACCUCUCUAUCUGAACACCUUGGUCUUGGACACCACCUCUCUAUUUGAACACCUUGGUCAUUGAAAAAAAUGUUGUUUUUGGUUUUUUUCUGUAUCUGUAAAAAAUCUGUACUAUCAUCCUUGCGCUUUAACAUCUACAACAUCAAUUUAUACAAAUGGUAUGAUAUGGCGAAAGGGUUUGCUGUCUAGGUCACCAAGGUCAGCAUCACUAUUAUCAAUUGGGUGGGUUGUGCAAAAGCCUUUUGACGAUGCAAAACAGUUUUAUUUAAAGAAAUAAUUAAUUUCAUUGAAACAAUUACAGAAAAAUACCACCAUUUUUGGAUUUUAAUGCUUGCCAUGCGACGUACUUGGUAGAGAAUGACCGUAUGAAGGGGUGUCAAUGAUAUUGUGUUCCUUCUUUUUAUUAUUUUUUAAUGCAUAUUGUUUUGAUUUUGAAACAAAAACACGUUGCCAAGACCAUUAAAUUAGUUCUUGUGCACUAUUUUUGUCAUAAAACUGAACACGGUGGAACAAUCGCUUAACUAUUCAAUGCACGUGAACUGGGACCCGGGUCCCAACGAAGGGGUAAACGCCGGGUGCCCAACCGAGGGUUAAUGUAAUUCCGUGAGGCAUUCAUUUCGUGAUUAUGAAAUCACGGAUGAAUGGAGAAUUUGCAGGGGAAUCAGGCGAUAUUUAUAGGCGACUUCAACCGUUAUCGAUGCACCAGAAUGCAACAUCAAUGAUCGUUUCCGUACAUAAAAAAUUUCACCAGCACCAUCGAUCGAUUUGAUCUUCAUCUCUUUCGGCGUGAGGUUUAGCGUUUAUUGAAGGUUUACUGAACUUUAGAAUUUUUUAUAUGGAUUUGGAUUGAGUUAAAACUAUCGUUUUAAUUAUCUUAGCUUGGUUCAUCUUAGCUGCCAAGAUUAAUGAAUCUCGGAUGUCCCGGGUGUGCAGUUGCAGCGCACAGUUAUAUUUUAACAGAAUAAUUUUCAAUCUAACCACCUAAUAAAAGAAAUGCUUAGUUUUGUCGAAUAAGAAUCAAUAAUGCGGGGGCUUUGGUUAUUUCGGGUCCAAAAAGGUUUAUUUUUGACGAUUUCAGUGCAGAAACCAUUCAACUUCAGUUUUUCGAAAUAAUUUCAUAAUAAACUACAAUUUUUCAAAAAUAUUUGGUACUUCUUGCGGUGCCACUAGCUGGGUCGAUAAAAUUGGGAUGAAACGGUUAAUUUUGGAAAAAACGGUUAAAUUUGAAAAAACAACGGUGAAAUUUGAAAAAAAAAGUUUCGUUUUUAUCGUUUUCGCCUCGUGGUAAUUUCGUUUUUAUUGUUUCGAGCAGUCGAGUACUCGAGCAGUAGCAAUGUUUUUUUGGUUCACGGUUUUUUGAGGUUAGGAGGUAAAAAAAGGAGGUAGGAGUAAAAAGUUGUAAAAUUGCAAAAUUCUGAACAUUUUUGAACCAUUUUCCGCACGACUGUUGCCGUGGAGGCCUUAUUACCAUUUCCUCACAGAAAUCUGCACGUCUCGAAAGGAAAUCCGCAGAAACAGAUAAUUAUCUGGAAAAUUAUGCUUUUUACUUUGGGUAGGAUCCUUUUGCGAAUUGGUAACGAAACGAGAACUUUCGCGCACCAACUUGCAUCUAGGAGCGGUUCAGAAAAUCCGCCAAGAAUCCGCCCAAAGUAUCAGAUAUUUCGAGACACUGAUGGGCCAAUUAUUUUCGAUGUGGAAGAAGAGCGAGCGUUCGAAAGAAAUAUCAUCUGCUCCGGAAUUCCUGAUAAGUUUAAAGACAUCAAUCUUUCCCGUGCCGAGGAAGGGGUAUUCGACCUACAUGAUCUAGUUUCUAUCCUGAAAUUGAACAAUGCUAUUGAUCUGUUCGUUUGUACUGUACCAAAGGAGAUCAAAUAUGUAGAUUACAUGUGCGUUGUUUCCGGUCGUAAUAGGAAGCACAUGCUAGCAAUCGCCGAAACCGUGAAAAAGAUGUUCAAAAUCAAAAGACACACGACUGAUCCAAUUCCAAAAAUAGAAGGAGAAACCAGCAGUGAUUGGAUGGCGAUGGAUCUAGGCAAUAUUGCAAUUCAUAUUUUCUCGCCAGAAGCACGGGAACAGUAUGAUUUAGAAUCCCUUUGGACAGUUGGGUCUUUUUACGACAAAGAGUUGAAUAAGCCAAAUGAAGAUUUGAUACAGUUGUUCGAAAAGCAUACUGUGUAUUUGAGCGAUAUAAAAUCUCUAAAUAUAAAAAAAUAAAAGUGACCUGUUUUAAGUUAAGAGAUGAAAUUAAUAAGACCAAUAGCGGAAGUUGCUUUACUCUGCAUAGUUCUCCUAUUUCCAACACACGUUACAAACUAGCAAGAACUAUUAAAUACUAACCCGAACGUGUCCCGAACAAACCAAAGAUUGAAGAUUAAACCGAUAGGUAAUUACCUGGUUUAAUAAUGGUUUAAAGCGUUCUGAGGAUUUCCAUGGACCCGGAAUGAUAGUGAAAACUAAAUUUUAACAAAAGUGAGCGUGUAAAGGAUGUAAGUUUACAUAUCGCACAUUCACUGUCGUUGUAUUGAUCUUGGAACGGUUGUUUAUUUGUAGCAUUAUUUGAUAAAACAAUGCUUGUCUGAAAGGCUAGAAAAUUUAUUUAUGAAAUUAUGAACUACUAAAUUGAAAUCGAUUUACGAAAAAGGGGAAAUGGAAAUGAAAACGUCUUGCAAUGAAAAGCUUGCUGUUUCAGCUAAUUCUAAUAGUAUUAUUACCGACAAUAACCAGUACUCCCUCAUCCUGCAGAUCCUUCAGUGCGUCUUCAAACUGCUCCUUUGUUACAAGCUAUGAAUGAUAAAGGAAAGGGAAGGGAAAAUAAUAAAUUUUAAUUCAGUGCCUUCAAUGGUCUUAAAAAUACAUACCGUUUGCGAAGC